AUUCCAGCUGAGCGCUCUGUACUACUGAGCUAAACGAUCACUGACAGUAAAUUUACAUAUCGCUUAGAAAGAAUUGCUAGGAAUUCGGAGCACACACAUACGCACGCAGUGUAGAGAGCGGAAGAGAGACGAAAGUAAGAUGGCUUGUAGCAGCACCAGAAGAAGAUAUCGGGGUGUACCUUCAAGUUUAUUGUCUAGUUCUAUGCAGAUAUUCUUAACCAACUUAGAAAAUGAUGGCAGAUCUCUACAGUUGUUACCAGUUGACUUACGUGAAAAAUGUCUGAACUAUAUGUCUUUGAGAGGUUUGCUCUCAGAUCAGAACUUGAAGAAUGUAAUCCACAACAAUCUCAAAAAACUAGAUCUGUCCACAUCUUCAGUUACAGAAGCUGGCUUAGUCAACUUAGAUCAUUGUUCUAAACUUCUAAAUCUCAACCUUAAUUCUUACCAUCAAGAAAUUCGGUUUUCAUCACUAUAUCACUGACGCUGGGAUUGCUUCUCUGGUUGAAGGUUGUUGUCAUAACACACUUGAGGAGAUGGUCCUUCGGAAUAUUGAAAAGAUAUCUAACAAAUCAGUAGAACUCGUACUAAAAUUCUGCCCCAAGCUAACAAUUGUUAACUUCAGUGGCUGCCCCAACAUUCAAGAUGUUAAUUACAGUAGGUAUUCUAACAACACAUUAAAACAGAUUGGUUGGACCAUUCCUAUUUGAAGCAGAACAAUCACCCAACAAAAGUGUCUCUGAUAGCAAUUCAUUUACUUUGGCCUUCACAGUUCAGACAUUGAUGAAUGUGCGUCUGGACAACAUAACUGUCCAUAUGGCUGUAUUAAUACAAUCAGCAGCUACAAAUGUGGUUGUCCGAAGGGAUUAAAAGAAGGACCAAAUGGUGAUUGUGUAGAUAUCAAUGAGUGUCUGGAAGACAAACAUCUUUGCAUCCGAGGAGUAUGCAAAAAUACAGAAGGCAGCUUCACAUGCCAGUGUCCUCGAGGUUAUGUUCUUGACAAAACUGGUACCAAGUGUGUUGAUUUGGAUGAGUGUGAACAUGGUUUCUGUGAUGAAAACUGUGAAAACAUGCCAGGAAGUUACCACUGUGAAUGUCCACCAGGUUAUAGUGAACAUUAUUAUUGGAAGAGCUGUGUUGAUGUUGAUGAAUGCAUGAUGGGAACUCCAUGUGGAGAUGGAGGCUGUAUCAACAUGCCUGGCAGCUACAACUGUAACUGUAAAAUUGGUGAAAACUUUGACCCCCGCCAAGGAACCUGUAUGAAUGGCUUUAAUGUAUGCAACAGUGCCCCUUGUACAUUUGGCUGUUCUCCUUAUGGCAUUAAUGAUUAUGUGUGUGGCUGCCCCACAGGAUAUCAACGUAUAGGCCAAGGCCACUGUAUCUCAACAAUAUCACCUGCCAAUAUCAGUGCACCAAACAUUCCAGAAGGAAUGGAAUUGCCUCAUAUACCCGGUCCACCUGAUGGCAGCCUACCACCGGGUGAAGUCUGUUAUUCAUGUAACGUUGGAGAUAUUCCACUGGGCCAACGGUCAAAGAGAAGUGUCGACAUGAACAGGUCCACAAGUGAUUUCGUGGCAACAGAACAACAUCAGACUUCAAAUGUCAGUGACGAGGAAACAAAACCAAAACCAAAACCAAAACUGCACCAUUAUGCUGGUGCUAAAGAACAAAGUCUGUCGGUAAAGGUGAAACAGAAACAGGUGCAUCGCAACACCAUGAUCAUUAGGAUGCAACCUGCACUAAGCACACUGCGAAAUAAGGUACACUACAUCAUUGUUGAUGGUGGUGACAGCGACAAGUUUGUGAUGCACGAAAAGAAUAACAUAAGCUCACUGCGACUGAAGGAAAAAGUAAAAGGGCCACAGGUUUUCAAAAUAGACAUCAAGUGUCAGCCGUUAUCAAGCACUGAUGAGUUCAAUGGUGAGAAGAUAGAGCUGGAUACAUCUAUUAUACACCUCAAGAUAUAUGUUCUUUGAUCAUAGAACUGAACUGAACACACAUCCCCUUAAGCCACCCAUCAAGGAAAGGCACCACAAUAAACUUCAAAUGAAUACAAAACACCGCAACAUUUUUUCUGUUUUUUUCCCAGAAGAGAAAGAAAAUAUUACCAAAAAAAAAAAAUAAAAAGACGAAAGUUUGAACCAAAAAAAUACAAAAAUUUUUCUAAACGAAGAAAGAAAAGAAAA